ACCAAAUCCCCUUGCCGCCUGCUGCGCCGACCUUGCACGCCUGCACUCUGUACCAGCAUCAUGACCCUGCACCGAGCACUUCUGCACCCCUGCUGCUCUGCCUCUGCACGCCACAGCAGCUCAGACAAAUUAGCAUUAUUAUUGAUUGACAGAGCAAGGCUUUUUUUAUUAUUUUUAUCUUUAUUUUUAUCUUUUAUUCGGGUAUAUAUAUAGAGAAAAAUCAGAUUAAAAGGGGGGUUUGGUUGAUUUUGGGUCUGUUUUGUUGGGGAGUUUCGGCUGAGCUUCGAUAGCAAUAGAAGGGAUUUUUCUGGUUGAUUUUCGGAGCUGGAAGGGGGUUUCUUCUGGUAUUGAGGCGGGGGUUUCUGAUUUUGGACUUUGAUUUGGGAGUCAUUGUUCUGGGUUUCGGGGAAAGGGGAGAGAAGAAAACCGAGCUGAUUCCGGCGAUAUUUCAGCCUCCUUUUGCUAGGUAUUUUCCUGCAACAGAGGAGUCUUUUUGGGGAAGCAGUGAGGGGAAUGAUCUAGGCUUGAUCUCGUGGGUGGGAUCCGCCAGAUCGGACUCUGAUCUGUUACCCAGAAAACUCCGCCGUGUUUGUUUCUUUUGUCUUCCUGUUUCCGUGACAUGCUUUUGUGAUGUUUACGUUUGUAUAUGUUUACUGAAAAUCAAUGAAAGAUAAAAAAAAUGUUCAGUUUAAUUGUGUUUCCCUUUCUUUAUGUUAAUGAAUGUUUCAUUUUAUU